GAUCAGUCACCUCAGUUGGACUUGGACUACAAUCAAGAUGCACAUACUCUGCACCAUAGCUGCCCUUCACAUGUUCUCCUGGUUUGCAGAGGCGACAGGUUGCGGCAUUGUGGGCGGAAAGGUUUCAAAGCCUCAUUCCAAACCCUACAUGGCAUCUCUGCAGGUCCAAGGAGAGCACGUGUGUGGCGGGAUACUAAUUCGUGAGGACUUUGUUCUGACUGCAGGCCAUUGCAAAGUCGAUCAGACCAUGACGGUUGUACUGGGAGCACAUGACAUCACCAAGAAGGAGAAAAGCCAGCAACACAUCCAAGUGGCUGAGUACCAUCCUCAUCCCAAAUACCGCGGAAAGUACCAAUAUGACAUUAUGCUACUGAAGUUGAAACCUAAGGCCACACUCAACAGGUAUGUCAAGCCGAUGGGACUACCCAAGAAGGCAGGGAAGACCCCUGCAAACAUCAGAUGCAUGGUUGCUGGCUGGGGCCAGACCUCAAAGAAGUCAAAGAUGUCCCCUGUACUAAUGGAGACCACCGAGAAGAUCCAGUUCAGCUUUGAGUGCAAAAAGAUCUGGCAAUACCACUUUGAGAGUGAUCUCAUGACAUGCACCAAGCCCGACAAGUGGGGAGGGGUUUGCCAGGGAGACUCUGGGGGUCCGUUAAUCUACAACACCAAGCCUGUGGGAAUAACGGUUUUCACCUACAAAAAUGACUGCAGUGAUCGCAGGUAUCCACACGUCUUCAUGAAAAUCCACCCCUUCCUGCCCUGGAUUAAGGAAGUGAUGGAGGAGAAUGUUGUAGUUUGAGCUAAGCACACAUUUGAUUCACUUGGCUGACAGGCUGGCAUGUAAAGCAGAGUUAUGUUUUGGAAAAAAACCCUAAACAAUUCUAAAAGGUUUAUGUUUAAACACACAAUACACAAGGCCCCUGGUCUGCCAGAGAAUAAGAAGAUGGAGCAGGAAUAAUCAGUGUCGCCAACUUUAUUUUUCACUAAAUCUGGCAAAUAAUCAAACCCCUCUCAAUAUUAUUGUUCAUAAAAGUGUCGGGCAAAAAUACGUUGUCUGACAUAAAAGCACCUAUUGCUUUUCUCAGCAGGCAGCCCCCCCCCCGCCCCCCUCCCCCAUCGAAGACCCCCUCUGACGUAGGUCUGUUUUGUUUGUCUGACAACAGAAGCAACAUGAUAGUUUUUUUGGAGUUGUACACAUAUUUGUUUUUCAAGUUAAUUACUCACUUUUUGUAAAUGCGAAGAUGACCUCAGUAAUAUCUGGGUCAAUCAUAAGACUAUGGCAAAUUCUACAAAUGCAGUUCGUCAAAAUAUAUUUUUUAAAUACUUAAAGUUGUUCAAUUUUAUUGUUUUUUUUUCCUUUUCUUCACACAACAACUAACCACUUUUUUUAUGUAA